UCGAGACAUAAUUAUAAAUUCAGGUAAAGAUUGUGCUAAUUGCUAUCCUUAGAAUUUGGCCUAAAAGGAAAACAAAAUUGUCUUUGAAACAAAAACAGGGCAUGACCAAGCAGCUGAUGGGAAGCCAAGGACAUGAAAUAGCAGCAAAAAUGGAUUCAUACAUGAGAGGGAUGGUGGGUGGUUCAGGAGCAAGCUUGUUUGAAGAACUUGGGUUGUGCUAUAUUGGUCCUGUGGAUGGUCAUAAUGUGGAAGACUUGGUUCAUAUCUUGAAGGAUGUCAAGUCCCUCCCCGCACCUGGACCUGUUCUCAUCCAUAUUUUAACUGAGAAAGGCAAAGGCUAUGCUCCUACUGAGGUUGCAGCUGACAAGAUGCAUGGUGUGGUGAACUUUGAACCAAAGUCAGGGAAACAAUUGAAGACAAAAUCAAAGACAAAGUCAUACACCUAAUACUUUCCAGAGUCCUUAAUUGCUGAAGCUGAGAGAGAUGAGAAAAUAGUAGCAAUCCAUGCAGCAAUG